UAUUCACUGUGAUUAAAAUAGUCCACAAUCACAGAGACCAGUUUGAUAAGCAGAAGAUGGCGAGCGGGAGAGCAGUAGAAGCACUUCGAGCUUACAGAUCAGUGCUGAAGGCCACUCACAAAGCCUUCGCCGGAGAUACUUUCAUGCUCCAACAAUCCGCCGCCGAGGUCAGAAAGAAAUUCGAGGAGAAUCGCCACGUCACCUCGGAGGCUGAUAUUCAGAGGCUAUUGGAGGAUGCAACUGAUGCGUCUUUGUUCAUAUCCACUAUGAUUGUACAAGCCAAAGCUACACCCUCCGGUGCUUUCGUGGUGAAGCCUGAGAAAGAACAUGCUGGAGCAACGCUCGAGAUUCCUUCUGAAGAGAUUCUUAAGAAGUCUGCUUGAGCAUAUUCAAGGAAGCUCAGAGUAUUUAGACUCCUGCGUUGACAUUUUAUCUUUCAUAAACCGUGAGUUUGUCUUUUGAGUUUCUCCAAUUGGAAUUUUCUCGGAGAUUCUGCUUUCUCCAAGGUCAUGGCAUUUCAGUCUUUCCUGUUUUUGUUAUAUUUAGGCCAUAAUUAGUGGAUAUUACAUCCAUCUAUCUAUACCUCUCUCCUUUGUGUCACCACAACCACCUUAGAAAGCAAGCAGAUGCUGCUUUGCUUAGACAUGGCUACUGUGAUAAAUGAUUAAAAGGUUAGUUGGACCAAGUGUGCCACUAAAUAGAGUUUAAGUUUUAUUUGUUGACAGUGUAAAAUAUUUGCACAAUGAGUGUAAUAUGCCCUGCUCCAAUAGGGUAUGAUCCCUUUUUGCACCAACUAA